UAGCAGUCUAGCGCUCGUAUUCUUAGCCAACAGUCGAUAUUUACGUAAGUCGAUGUUUGCCUUUCAUAUUAUUUAAGUUGUAGCCCCAAAAGUUCGCCACACAUUUUGCAUUCUAAUGUCGUCAACUUGUUCUAAUUUAAACAACAUUUUUUAUUUAUCAAAUCGAAUAAAAAUUUCAGGUUUUUUAAGUUCGACAGCUGUCGUUGCUUAACUGCCACUUGACAUUACAAUGACGAACGCGGUGGGGUACAGAGCCGACUGCUAAUUGUUCAGUAGUGCCAGAGCGUUGUUUGAUCAGUGCCUAUGCAGCAGCAGCAGCAGUAACAGCAGCAGCAGCAGCUGUAUAUAAUAUAUAUAUAUAUAAUCAGUCGUUUUUGAGCUGCCGCAUCGAACGGUUUUUGGAGCGGCAUUUAAACAUUUUUCAUAUUAGCAUUCAUUCAUCAAAAUGCGCGUCGUCAUCUUAUCAGCACUUUUACUCUUGCUUAAUCUCGGAUGGGUUAAGGCGUAUGAGACCAACACGACCAGAACUGGCAGUAAAUUGCCUAAUAUUAUUAUUAUAAUGGCUGACGAUAUGGGGUUCGACGAUCUUAGCAUACGCGGCGGACGCGAAUUUCUAACUCCCAAUAUUGAUGCAUUGGCCUUCCAUGGACGCCUACUGGAUCGACUCUAUGCACCGGCCAUGUGCACCCCAUCUCGCGGAGCACUACUUAGUGGAAAAUAUCCAAUACACACAGGUACUCAGCAUUUCGUAAUUAGCAAUCAGGAGCCCUGGGCCUUAAACGUGAAUACCACUUUGAUGCCGGAGAUCUUUCGGGCGGCAGGUUACUCUACCAAUUUGGUGGGUAAAUGGCAUUUGGGUUUCGCUAGGCCGGAGUUUACGCCCACGCAUCAAGGCUUCGAUUAUCAUUAUGGCUAUUGGGGUGCUUACAUUGAUUACUAUCAGCGCCGCUCCCAAAUGCCAGACAAGACGUACAUAGUGGGUUACGAUUUUAGACGAGAUAUGGAGGUGGAGUGUGCAGAUCGGGGCGUUUAUAUUACAGACUUGUUGACCAACGAGGCGGAGCGUCUGAUAAAAGAGACUGCUGCCAAGCAGCAGCCACUUUUCCUCAUGAUUAAUCAUUUGGCUGUGCACACGGGCAACGAUAAUGAUCCAUUGCAGGCACCAGAGGAGGAGGUGCAAAAGUUUCGCCACAUCAAAGAUCCCAAUCACAGGAAAUAUGCAGCUAUGGUUUCGAAGCUGGAUCAGAGUGUGGGUCGUGUGAUAAGCGCAUUGGCGCGUGCCGAGCAGCUGGAGAACAGCAUUGUGAUCUUCUACUCAGACAAUGGGGCGCCUUCGGUGGGCAUGUUUGCCAAUACGGGCUCGAAUUGGCCGCUGAAAGGACAGAAGAAUUCACCCUGGGAGGGUGGUUUGCGUGUGGCCGGCGCUAUUUGGAGUCCCUUGCUCAAAGCGCGCAGCAAUGUGUUUUCCCAGCCGAUUUAUGUUGGUGAUUUUCUGCCUACAUUGGCACAUGCGGCGGGCAUAGAGCUGCCAGAAUCGCUGCAGCUCGAUGGCAUUGAUUUGUGGCCACAAUUGUCGGGUCCAAAAGAAGCACCACAUGUGCCACGCGAAAUAUUGCACAGCCUCGACGAUGUGUGGAACGUGGCUUCGCUGCUGUUGGAUCGGUGGAAGUAUGUGAACGGAACUACCUUGUCGGGGCAAUACGAUCAGCAGCUGGUAAAACGCGAACUUGAAGAACUUGACCCUCGAGCUAAUCGUUAUGUGGUGGAGGUCCGCAAUUCGCCUGCCUCGAAAGCUCUUGCCCGCUAUGAUCAGCAACGCCUUACGCAGCAUCGCAUGAUGAACAUCAUGGAAGCCGCUGAGGUCCGUUGCGGUGAUAUGCAGCGUGGUUGCAAUGCCUUGUUGGAGGAAUGUCUGUACGAUAUGAGCGUUGAUCCGUGCGAGCGCAACAAUUUAGUUUAUUCAGAGCAACAUGCGGAUAUACUUGCGACAAUGCGUCAGCGUAUCAAGCAGCUGCGUGCUGGAGCUCUUCCAAUAGCAAAUCGCCCAAGCGUCACCUAUGCUAACCCCACAUUGCAUGAGUGUACAUGGGAUCUGUUUGAAGUCAAGAAACCGGGUUCAUUGACGCUGGAGUGUGAUUACCAUGGUAUUCCUUGCAGCGAUUAAUUUAACGGCUAAUGUCGAUACCGAUUCCAGCUCGUGUGAUUAUCGAAUAUCUAGCCACAUUGGCAAUCUGGCAAC